AUGUUUCGGCAAAGUUUUUCGACAAACGAUGAUGGGACGCGAGUUUAUGUCAUAGAAUCGAGCCAUCCGUACUCAAACGAUGAGCAUUGUGUGCAGGUUGUUGGAGACGAAAAUUGCUCAAAGAUAAAGUUUCAAAUCACGGAAUUUGCCAUCGAAGAUGAGGAUCCAGGAGAUGACUACAGACAUGGGGAUGGGAUCUCGCACUGUGAGUUUGAUGCAUUUCAGAUUUCUUGGAAGGAUAAUGGAUUCUACAAUACGACCGGACGACUUUGCGAGAAAAUAACGGAACUAGACAAUCCUCCUCCAAGGCAAGGACGAGUAUCUGAUUACGAAGGAAAUGACCCAGACGAGUUAGGCUUCUAUAGGCGAUGGAAUACUAUUCAUGGAAAUUGGUUCGCCAUCUACUUUUCGACAGAUGCUGCAACAGUUCUUCAUGGCUUCAAAGUUGAAUGGAUGUGCGCGAUGAAAGUUGAGGAAGAUGCCUUACCUGAAGAUGCUGUCGAUGAAUCAGUGAGGUCAGAAGAAGAGUUAGGGAUGUACGAAUGCGACAAAGAAGGAUACGAAGUCCUGGACACUGAGAAUCAUCAUAUGGGAGAGCUAAACGGAACACCGGUCUACAAUGGUUUAUAUAAUUUCGACAGUCCCGGAUUAUAUUUUAUGACGAAAGAGUCCGGUCGCUGGACUUAUAGAAUGGAGCUUCUUUACGAUUCAGAAGAACUAGCGUGGGUGAUCCGAGGUGCUCGAGCUGUACCGAGAUUCGGUGGUUUCGAUUAUCCACCAGAAGAAUGGCGAACACGCUUUGUCCUCGAGUCCGACCAAGCAUGUCCUUCAAAUGGCAAUUGGUUUUUCGUGGAUAAUUUCAGAUAUCGACACGAUGCUACUCUGCGUGUCAUUCCUCAACAAAAAAUUAGCGAGUUCGAAAGGUCAAAUCUUCCGGACAUGGAUUCCCAGAAUACAACUGCAGUCAAUGACGUUGAAACAACUGCGUUACCGUUGUUCGACUACACAAUUCAGACAAAUGAAGAUAACUCUACCACAGGAAUCGAAGACCGGAGGCUUACAACGGGUUCUGUAGCUUCAUUAGAAGUUACAACGAAAGCAGAUUUGGAAGAAGUUGGCACACCAAAUUCAAGAGCAAAUUCAACAACAGCAAAAUCAUUAACGACAACAACAGCAGCACCCACUGCUGAGCCAAAGUCAGCUACAACAACGCAGAUGACAACGCACACAACUACAACUACAACAACAACGACGACGACACCAACGAGAACGACAACAACAACAACGACCACAACGAGAAGACGACGCACAACUCCUCGACAAGCGACAAGAAGACACCUGAGAACACGGACAACAACAAUUCCGAGAACAACUACUAAGCGAUCUGUAACAACAUCAUUAGAUAAUAUUUCAGCGACUGAAGAAAUUGGGAGCAACGGAGUCAGCAUUUGGAUAGUUUUAGGCAUCAUUCUCGCCUGUUGCAUUGUUGUCAUCCUUGUUUUCGACAUCUGCAAGAAGUGUUAA